CCCGUAGUACAGCUUCAGAUCUUUUUCAGAAGGGUACCAUGAAGUCCCAGAUUCUACUGCUGCUCCUCCUGAGCCUCCAGUACUCCUCACAGUCCAUAAUAUCCUCCUUGAAAGACACUUCAGAGAGUUUGGUGUCGUCUGUAAAAAAUGCUUCAGAGGCACUGGUAUCAUCUGUGAUACCCUCACUAUCAUCUGCGGAAGAUUCUUUGAAGCUUGUUCAUGUGGUUUUUAGGCAUGGUAACAGAAAUCCCGAUCAGAACAGCUUGUGGACAAGCAACCCUUACUACGACGAGAGCAAUUAUCCAGAGGGGUACGGGCAGCUGAUCAAUAAAGGCAAAAUGACCGAGUACACCCUCGGGCAACUCCUACGGUUCCGAUAUGGCAACUUCCUGGGUAACGAGUGGAACAUUAACAUGCUGGACGUAAGAACUACCGACUACAACCGCACCAAGAUGUCUGGCCAACUGGUACUCGCCGGCCUUUUCCCCCCUAGGGGUGAAAACAUCUGGAACACUCUGCUCAACUGGCAACCGAUCCCUUACUACUAUCAGGCGCUCAGUAACGAUCGGGAACUGAUGCCGUUGCUAUGUCCAGAUUUCCAGGAAGAGCUGGAGGCAGCUCAGGACCUGCCCGGAGUAGAUUCCUACUUGCUGGAGAGAUAUGAGGUCGCCAUGGACAUUUUGAACCAGAAAACUGACGUUGAUCCAGAUGAUUAUGACUCGGCUGCCAAUAUGUACUUCGGAAUGGAGAUUCAGGAGGAACUGGGUUUCCCUCUGGAAGAUUGGACCUACUUGGUUUAUCCUGAACCUUUACACUCCUUAACUGUGGAUAUGUACUAUAUAUUGACCAAUACGACUAGGCUAAGGCGGCUGGUGGCUGGUGGUUUGGUGAGUAAGAUCCUUACCGAUAGCGAAAGUUUGUCCCAAGGGACCUUGACGCCCUCUGAUAGGAAAAUGUUCAUUUACUCCGCACACGAGAACAACGUGGCCGCCCUUCUUCUUUCCCUGGACGUUUAUCAGCUGGUGGAUGUGCCGCCCUAUGGGGCGGUAGUGAUGGCGGAACUCCACGAGAUCGAUGGGAUUUAUGGCAUAAAGUUGUUUUAUCAUGAUUAUACUACAACGGAGCCGCAUGGACCCUUAGUGAUCCCCGGAUGUGCGGAGUUCUGUCCCUUGGACAUGUUCAGAAGUCUCGUGGGGGAGAUUCUGCCUGAGGGAGACGAGGUGUGCAACCUGAGUGCGUGAAUUUUGAGAUGAAAAUAUUGUAAUUAUUAAAGCAAAUAGAUUUUUAUGUUGAAAAAA